AUGGCGCCUGCUGCUGUCGAUACCACCGCCGUUGGCGACAACGGCGCUCCCGAUGCGACCGUCCUUGCGCUGCGCAAGACGCUCGUGAAUGAGGCAGAGCCUUUGGCGCGUCGGUUCCGCGCUCUCUUCUCGCUCAAGUACCUGGCGUGCCAGGCCCCGGCAACGGCGCAGACGCUGCAAGCCAUCGACGCUAUCGCCGCCGGCUUUAGCUCCUCGUCGGCGCUGCUUAAGCACGAGCUGGCCUACUGUCUCGGUCAGUCGCGCAACCCACACGCCGUGUCAUACCUGCGCCAUGUGCUCGAGGAUAAGCAGGAGGACGCCAUGUGCCGCCACGAGGCCGCUGAGGCCUUGGGCGCCCUUGGCUACGAGGAGAGCCUGGACCUGCUCCGCCGCCUGAGGGACGCGCCCGAUGAGCUCGACGUCAUCACCGAGACCUGCGACAUUGCCGUCGCUAGGAUUGAGUGGGAGCACUCCAAGGAGAGGGAGGCUGAAAAGCUCAAGCAGAGCGACUUCACAUCCAUUGAUCCUGCCCCUCCGAUGCCGCAGGACUCCCAGCAGCCCUCCAUCGAGGAGCUGGAGAAGGCCUACUUGGACACCAAGCUGCCUCUGUUCAAGCGCUACCGCGCCAUGUUCGCCCUCCGCGACCUGGCCUCGCCGCCCGACCUCCCCACUGCGGUCCCCGCUGUCAAUGCCCUUGCCAAGGGCCUGAGCGACUCUUCUGCCCUGUUCCGUCAUGAGGUUGCCUUCGUCUUUGGCCAGCUGUGUCACCCAGCAUCGAUUCCUGCUUUGACCGCUUGCUUGAGCGACACCAACGAGGCCGGCAUGGUCCGCCACGAGGCUGCUGAGGCUCUUGGCAGCCUAGGUGAUGAGGAGGGUGUUGAGGAUACCUUGAGGAAGUUUGUGAACGACCCCGAGCAGGUCGUUAGGGACAGCAUCAUUGUCGCGCUCGACAUGGCCGAGUUUGAGAAGAGCGGCCAGGUUGAGUACGCCAUUGUUCCUGGCAAGGAGGAGGAAGUGGUUGCCUGA